AUGGGCACCAGGUUCCUCUUCUGGAUGAUCCUCUGUCUCCUACAGGCAGAACUCACAGCAGGUGGAGUUGCCCAGUCUCCCAGACAUAAGGUCAUAGAAAAAAGCCAGGCUGUGACUUUAUGGUGCAAUCCCAUUUCUGGCCACCAAACUCUUUACUGGUACCAGCAGACCCCAGGACAGGGCCUGGGGCUGCUCGUUCGCUUUGAGAAUGAAGAUAUAAUAGAUGAUUCACGGUUACCUAAGGAUCGAUUUUCUGCAGAGAGGCCCAAAAGAGCAGACUCUACUCUCAAGAUCCGUCGUGCAGAGCUGGGUGACUCAGCUGUGUAUUUCUGUGCCAGCAGCUCAGCCACAGCAUCACAGAGACACUUCCUUCUUAUACACAAAGCAUCAGGGUUCUCCUCUCUCGGUCCCACUCAUAGAAGCUCUGAAUAG